AUGUCCCACCAACAGUAAAUUGAUUCAAAUUAAUGUCCAUAGGAACCACAAAGGUAUUAUGAUGACGACAAUUUUCUAAUAGUUUCAUUCAGAGAGAAAUUUUACACUAAGGUUGGCAUCAAAUAACUUUGCUUCUAGACUGUUAAAGACACACUUAAAAAGAAUAUUAACCUCUUACCCUCUAAAAAGGUUAACAUUAAGUUCCAUAGCACAUAUUAUGGGGUCUUUGAACUAGGAAGUCAUUAAGAAGUGUUGACUGCUAUUGAUAUUUUAAAAGCUCAAGAAGCCAUACUUGCUUUUGAAUAUAGAGACAUCCUUAAGUCUGGAUUACCCUUGAUCUAAUUUGGAGAGCUAGCAGAGUUCAAAGAGAUGACAUCAUUUGAAAGAAAAUUCAUCACUACUUAGAUGAAAGAAGAUAGAGAAAAAGAGCUAAAAGCAAAGGAAGAAUUAUGA